UUUAGCAGCUUGUACGCGUCCUUUCCGCUCAAACUGCUCCAUCCCCGAGUCAGCUCGCAAGAUGCUUCACGGCCAAAGGCGGUGGCUGCCCUGUAUGUUGUUUCCUACGGCGGCGGGCUAGUCAGCGGCGACGAAGUGCUUCUCGAUGUGGAUGUCGGCCAAGGCUGUGCGCUGAUCAUGCUGACUCAAGGUAGCACCAAAGUGUUUCGGAUGAGGUCAGCCACUCUUGGCGUCCAAAGGCGACCCAAUAUCGAACAAGCGUCCACCUUGGUAUCGAAUGACCAGCAUGCUGGUUCACCGCACUCGACUCGGCAAGUCAUGCGGUAUCUGGUCAGACCAAACGCGACCUUGGUUCUUCUACCGGAUCCGGUCACUUGUUUCGCUGGGGCGCGUUAUACACAAGUGCAGCGUUUCGACCUGCGUUGCGCCGACACAAGCUCGCUGGUGAUGCUGGAUUGGUUCACACCUGGGCGUAGGUCUGAAUUGUGGGCUUUUGACUCUUACAGAAGUCGCAACGAGCUGCGCGUGGCAGGUCGGCUGUUUGCGCGGGAUGUGAUGUUGCUCGAGCAGUCAAGCCUGACGCAACUCUCGCAAGGCGGACAACCCACACGAGCCGCUGCGCCAGGCUUGCUGCCUCUCUCCGUCAGGUGUCAUCCUUACACCACCUAUGCCACACUCUUGCUCGUCGGGCCUGAUUGCGAGCAGGCGAUACAUCAUCUCAAGGCGGAAUUUGCAAAGAUUGAGCAAGGUGUCUUGCCAGCGAGCAAGCAGCCUGAUGAUCUGAUCUGGAGUCUGAGCGAGCUGCAUUGCGAGCCUCAACAGUCUGAUCUUGAAAAGCGAUCGCCAUUGCGAGGCGCUAUCGUCAGGGUAGCUGGCACAGAGACACAGACUGUCAGAGCGUGGCUCGCAAAGCAUCUGCAGUCGAUGGUGGAUGUGGUCGGUCCUGAUCUGUACCGCCAGGCUUUG